GCGCGAAGGACUGUGGGACCCGCUUGCAGGCGCCACGGGUUCUCGCGUUGCCGUGGAAACCACCCGCCAGCCAGGCUCCAAGGGGGAAAAGACGUCUGUUCAAGAUGGCGGAGGACCUGGACGAGCUUCUGGAUGAAGUCGAGACCAAGUUCUGCAGACUCGACCCCCUGAGGCUGGACCUGGGUGAGCUGCCCAAAGGCGGCGGCACGCACAGCGGUGACCGGAACGGAGCCCAGGAGAAAGAGACUCUCAGAUCAACAGAAACAUUUAAAAAAGAAGAGGAUCUUGACAGUCUUAUUAAUGAAAUAUUCGAGGAGCCUAACUUUGACAAAAAGUCUUUUCAAAAAUUUAAAUCUAAAUCUUCAAGUAACACAUCUGUCAGAGCUCCCAUUCAAGGCCUUAGUAAAAGUUGCAGUCCAGUGUAUCUCAGUGGAAGCACCAUUCCAUGUGGGAUUGGAACAAGUACUUCACAGAGAGCAUGUGACCGACUGCGUUGCGUGGCCUGUGACUUCCGGAUAGUGAGCUACAAUGACUAUAUGUGGGACAAGUCAUGUGAUUAUCUGUUCUUCAGAAACAACAUGCCAGAAUUCCACAAACUCAAAACAAAGCUGAUCGAGAAGAAAGGAGCACGGGCGUAUGCCUGCCAGUGUAGCUGGAGAACCGUUGAAGAACUCACUGACCUGCAGACAGAUCAUCAGCUUCGCUGGGUUUGUGGUAAACACUAAGAAUGCAGACCGUUCACAUUCCGAUAGCCGCACCGGUGAGAACAAGUUCCACGGACCAAACUUGGGUACCAGUACAUAGCAGUAUUGUGCCCUUUGGGAAAAGGCAACGAGUUUUGUGUAACUACAGACAUUUGUGAAGACCAAAAGGACUGGGAAAGACAAGUGUACUGUGACACCUUGGCAUUCUUCCUUGUGACGUGGACAUUUUACUUAGUAGGUUCAAGUAUUUGAGUCACCAGCCUGUCUCCUUUUAGGGAUUGAAAUUGUGACAUUUCAUGGAAAUUUACAGCUUUUCCAUCGCAGCGGCCAUACCGACUACUAGUGCACUCUAAACGUCCCUCGUGUAUCAUUGCUGUUAAAGAAUACCCACUGACAGACAGCGAGAGAGGUCAUUGUAUGUGAGUGUUCAUGGCUCUCUCUAUUCUGACCCAUCAGUAUCAGAGACUGUAAGUUGAACAUGACAAAAAAGCAGAUGACCAUUGGUUAGCUGAGGGGUUGUCAAGAGUACAGAAACAUUGUAACCCUGCCUUAUAUGUUUCUCAUCUUGCCUCACCAACUCAAUUCAGUAUUGUGCAUAAUAGUAAUACUGAUGUCACCAGUUUUAGCAUAUUCCCUCCUUUGCUCAUUGAAAUAUCAAAAGUUGUUUUGUUUUCUAUUAGCAUAUACAUACAUAUGUAUGUAUAUAUAUAUAUAUAUAUAUAUAUAUGAUUUUUGAUGCAACUAAAGUUACUAAAAUCCUCCAAAUAUGUCGUUGUUGAACUUUUCAAGCAUACUCCAUAACUCUAAAUGAGCAGCAGUAAGAUGAUUUUCCGACAACUGAGAUGGGUGGAACUGUAUCACAGUAACAUGUUCAAGAAAUGCAGUGCCUCAGUUUACCUCCCGACCCCAUAGACAUUUCAGGGCUUUUCUAGUCUGC